GGAGCGGGGCGAGCCGCUGGCGGGACUAACUCAUGAAGAACAAGGGAGCGAAGCCGAAGAGGAAGGGAGCCGCGGGCGCCUUCGGCUGUGACCUGACGGAGCACCUGGAGAGCUCGGGGCAGGACGUCCCUUACGUGCUGAGGAGCUGUGCCAAGUUCAUUGAGACCCACGGCAUUGUGGAUGGAAUCUACCGGCUCUCUGGAGUGACAUCCAACAUACAGAAGCUGAGGCAGGAGUUUAGCUCUGAUCAAUGUCCAGACCUGACAAGGGAAGUUUACCUUCAGGACAUUCACUGUGUGGGGUCACUCUGCAAGCUGUACUUCAGGGAGCUGCCAAACCCCCUCCUCACUUAUGAGCUCUACAAGAAAUUUACGGAGGCAAUAUCUCGCUGCCCGGAGGAGGAGCAAUUGGCCCGUAUUCAAAAUGUCAUCCAGGAACUUCCACCAUCACAUUACAGGACUUUGGAAUACCUGAUCAAGCAUCUGAGUCACCUGGCCUCCUUCAGCAACAUGACCAACAUGCACACCAGGAACCUGGCCCUAGUGUGGGCACCUAAUCUCCUCAGGUCAAAGGAGAUCGAGGCUGUCGGCUGCAAUGGGGAUGCAGCUUUCCUGGAGGUGCGAGUCCAGCAGUUGGUGAUUGAGUUUAUCUUGAAUCACGUGGAUCAGAUCUUCAGCAACAACAUAACCACCAGCUCCAUGGAGCAUGAUGAGAAUAUGCCCAUUGUGAAGAGUCUGACUCUGCCCUCUGCCUCCCUGCCUAUGAAACUGGUGAGCCUGGAAGAAGCUCAGGCACGGAGCCUGUCAGCCUCCCACCCUGCCCGGAAAGAGAGGAGAGAGAACAGCUUGCCUGAAAUUGUCCCAGUCACUGGAUCCUUCUUCCACACUGUCGUCGACCUACCUGAUAGCAAGAGAAAAUUGUCCACCAAAUCCAAGAAAUGGAAGUCAAUAUUUAACCUGGGCCGGUCUGGAUCAGAUUCAAAAUCAAAAUUGAGUCGAAAUGGGAGUGUGUUUGUGAGAGGACAGAAACUCUCUGAAAAAGCAACUAUUCGACCAGCUAAAAGCAUGGACUCUCUGUGCUCCCUGCCUGUAGAAGGGGAGGAUGAGAAAAGCCGGUUCAAACGCACAGUCGCUGCUGGAGGGUUUUUCAUCCCAGUGAUGAAAACGCGGACAGGAGGCACAAGCAGCUCGGGUGACCUCAGCAAGGAGAGUGAGUGGGACCGUGAGGGGUCCCCAGCAGGGGCCGAGGGAGGCUCAGAGCUCAGCAGGGAUAAAGCUGGCACUAGGGCCCCCCAGGCGAGGCCACCCCCUGAGCAGUUGAAGGUGUUCCGGGCCAUGGAGGACACUGAAAGUGAGCAGACCUCCCCAAAGACGUGUCGCAUGUUCUACACCUCCGACACAGCCUCCAAAUCAGGCUUCCCCAGCAGCCUCUUUCCUCUGGAAGCUUCUCCCCGGCACCAGCGGAAAGUCCUGAAUAUCUCGGAGCCCUUCGCCGUUUCCGUGCCCCUUCGGGUGUCCGCAGUCAUCAGCACCAACAGCACCCCAUGCCGUGUGCCUGUCAAGGACAAGCCUGGCCUCUCCAGCCUGGAGGAAUCAUCCGCUCUGGGGCUGGGCGGUGCUGCUCCCACAGCGCCGGAAGUGGGUGGCCAGCCCAGGACUGAGCAGGCCACAGACAGGGAGGAGAAGCAGCCCAGGGCUGAGGCUGCACCAGGUAAAACUAGUAGAGGUUUUACCACUGAGGAACUGAUGGCAGCCAAGAAGCCUGAGUCCUCAGAAACCUCAAAGCCAACAACAGAAAACUGGGAGCUGUUAGGCAGUGGCAGCAGCACCAGUGGCAGGCAAGCCCCAGAGCAGAGCCCUGGCUUGAAACAGACACCAGCACCAGAGGGCCUAGGAGGCCUGCACUCGGCAGGUGAGAUCGAACAAGGCCAGCUUGUGACACAGGAAAACCCCUCUGAGAGAGGCAGCCAGCAGCAGGAGAUACCAAGGGUUAAAGCAGAGGAGGCCUCGUUCCCGAGAGAGCUGGCUGAAGAUGAUGCUGCCAAUGCCCUGAUGGAACCACUGUGGCCAGAGAUUCAACAGGAACUCAAAAUUAUUGAAUCUGAAGAGGAGCUCUCAUUCUUGCCUACAGAUGUCCCCAAGACAGGCUCACUCCAGCCUGCGUCCUCUGCUUCACCACAGACAGACAGCUUCUGUUCUGUUUCUGUGCUUGCUGUGACACUGACUGACCAGGAAACUCCAUCCGGAACCCCACAGGCCACAUCACAGUUGCCUUUAUUUGGUGCCUCCUCCAAAGAAAGUUCAAAGGAGCCUGGCAGCCUCCAGGGUGGUAAACCUGAAAUGGUAGCACAGCGUGACUGCUCUCCUAACAUACCCGAACUGGAUACUGUCCUGUCUGGGACAGCUUCUCCAAAGAACCAUCUAGUGCUGGACAACGUCAGCAGUGAUCUUCCAGCUCCCCACCAAGACCAGAAGCUUUAUGAUGAGAAGCAGCUCAUUGAGGGUCCUUUUAAAGAAGAUGUCUCAGAUACCAAAGGGUUGUGUCCAGACCAAACCAAGGAGAAAGGAAACCCUGGCCUGCUGCAUAGCGAAAAGGAUGGCAUUGCUGUAGGCCAGGAUGGAGUCCUAACCCAGAGGGAGAAACCUGAUAGAGAGGCUGCAGGAGAUGGCCUGAUCUCAUCAAAGAGGGCAAGUAGAACUGGAGCCCAGAAACCCAGAGAGGGCGGCAUGGCUAACAGAGCCCAGGACUCUUUCGACCAUGAAGAGGAGGAUGCAUGGACAGACAAUGUCCAGGGCUUUGAGCUGGUAGAGCCAUGGGAGGAUCACCAGUGGGUCACCAGCCCGCUCCAUUCCCCCACCCUCAAGAACCUCCAGGAAAAGGCAAUGCAGGAUUUCCAGUCACAAAGCUAUGGAGUGGAGAGGGGCCUUUCUGCUCGGCCACGGUUCAGUCGCAGUCUUUCUCUGGAUAGCAAAGACAUGGUGCUGAGUGUGUGGGCUAUCCAGCCACUUCUCACAAGUGCGGCUGAAGAGCUCCCACAUGGCUGCACUAGAUCAGGGACCAGGGACCUGUUGGAAACACUGUCAACCUCACCACCCAGGCCGAACCAUGUUGAGCGAGCUGAGAGCUGUCUGAGUCCUCGAGAGGACUAUUUAGAGCCUGAGGGAUCAAGUGAUGCCCUGAGCAGUGAGGCAGAGCCUGCAGCAGAGAGGCUGCUAGCCAGGCAUGAGGAACUGCACCCUGCCUCUCUUUCAGAGCCAGGGGAGAAGGUAGUGGAUGGCAGUAAAGAAAACCCUCAGGACUUAACACCUGAGUUGCCUUUUCCACACUGUAAUACCCAAGAUGGUUUCUUGCAGGUAAAGAAAAUAGAUGAAGAUCCAUCCAGGCCUCAGGAUGCUGCCCCCACUGGAGCAGCUAUCACCAAAGGGCUGUGUUCCACCAGCGAGUCACAGCUAAGUAACAACAAAGGCGAAGACGCACCCCGUAAAGUGAGAACCAGGCCAUCAUCUCUUAACUUGGAUUCACUCCUCCCUGCCCCCAAUUUCUUCAAGUUUGAGAGACUGGCGGUGCCCACUUCACCUGGAAACCUCUUAUGUACGCAGAAGGAAGGGAAGAGCAGCGAUUCUGUCCUGUCAUUGCCUGCUGCCUGCCCUGCCAGGAGCAAAGGCGACUCCUGGGGAUCUCGCUUCGAUCUCCGAGAGCUAGACCUGGAUUACAUGGCAGUGGCCCACGCUGCCACCGGCCGUCGUAACUCUGCCCCUGUGAGUGUGUCGGCGGUGAGGACCUCCUUCAUGAUUAAGAUGUGCCAGGCCAGAGCUGUGCCAGUGAUACCACCCAAGAUCCAGUACACACAGGUCCCACAGCCACUACAGACUCAGAAUGCUGACCGUGACAUCUCUGCAUUGCUGGGAAGGAAGGAAACAGAAGCCCACUCUGCCAGCAGGCAGGCCCCCCAAGCAGCUUGGGGACAGCUGGAGCCCCCAAAGAGCCCUCGGGUAGAAAAGAAAGCCAAAAAGGAGAAAGAAAACAGUGACCCAACUCAAAUGGAUUCAACUUCUUCUAGGCAUGGCAACCUCAACCCUCUGCCAGAUCUCUCCCUUUCCAGUCGUAAUUCCACCCAGGAGGCGCCCGUGCUGCGCCGAAAGCGCACUUCAGAGGGGGAGACCACAGGAGACAACCCACAAUCCUCAAAAAUGGAGAGGCCAUCGGGGUUUUCCAAGCCUUCCUACAGAUCCAGACCAGGAAGGCCCCAGAGCCUUAUCCUCUUCAGCCCGCCCUUCCCCAUAAUGGACCAUUCAUCUUCUUCAGCAGACUCCAGGGUGUUGUUAUCACCCAUAAGAAGCCCCUCUCAGAGCAACUCUCCAAACCCUAUUUGUGGCGAUCUGUCUGGGAACCUGCAAACAACGCCUGAGGGGGUCACUCUGCGGAAUAAAAUGACCAUCCCCAAAAAUGGGCAGAGACUGGAGACCUCCACUAGCUGCUUUUACCAGCCCCAGAGGAGGUCAGUGAUUCUCGAUGGGAGAAGCGGGAGGCAGAUAGAAUAACGCCAGCUCACCUCACCCUUCUUCCCUGGUGGAUGAGAAGGGAGUGCCCACCUUGAGACCAAUUGUGCUAUUGUUGUUGUUGUUAUGAUUAUAAAUAUUCUGUGCAAAAGGGACACAAAUCUUUUAUAUCCUCCUGUAGAGCAUUUUGCUACUGAUGUUCUCAUUCUCUUUGUCUCUCUCCUUUUUGGGCAACCCCACAUUAUCUGCUCUAUGGAAAAAAAAUUCCCAAGGAAGUUUGUUUUCUUCAGUCUCACCCUCUGUCUGGAAAAAACAUAACAUGGUCCAAUGGAUAUGUAUGUGAAGGAGGUAAGACCAGACAGGUACAUUUUUCUCCCUUGCACCACUGGGCGAUGAUGCAGGACCAUCUGUCCAGCCAUCCCUACUGUACUGCUCUGAAUAGCAUAAGCAAACUGCAGAGUAGAAUGGUGAUAGCUGAAGGUGAGAAGGUAAAGCUGACCUGUAAAGAUCACACUGCUUGCGUUAUGUUUUGUUGCUCUUCUCUGGACUUUCUCCAAUUUGUCCACAUCUUUUUCUGAAAUGUGGUGCCCAGAGCUGGACACA